GAGCCGCCACGGCGAAGCUUCGGGCCUCGGCGAGCGAGCGACUGACUGACUGACAUGGCCGGGGUCGCCGCGGUCCCCGCCCGGGAGCAGCUCCAGCACCUGGCGGCGGAGCUGCGGCUGCUGCUACCGAGAGUGCGGGUCGGCGAAGCCCAGGAGACCGCCGGGGAGUUCCAGCGGGACGCGUUCUGGAGGAGACUCAAGGAGGCGGCCGUGAAAGUGUCCGGGGAAGCCACCACCCUCACCGCGGUCUUCUCUCGACUUCCUGCGCCCUCGCCUUCGCCUUCUCCACAGGAAACCCAGAGAAUCUGUGAGCAGGUCCAUGCUGCCAUCAGGGCAAUUGUUGCAGUGUACUAUUCUCUUCCUAAGGAUCAGGGGAUCACCCUGAGAAAGCUGGUCCGCAGCUCUGUUCUGGACAUCAUGGAUGGCAUGGCUCAGCUUGUGGAAGUGCUUCUUACCACCCCAGCUCAGAGCCCUGAGAACAAUGACCUUAUCUCCUGCAACAGUGUCUGGGCUGCAUGUGAGCAAGUGCCUCGAAUACCAACAGAUAACAAAGCUGCAGCCCUUCUUAUGCUGACCAAGAGUGUAGAUUUUGUGAAGGAUGCACAUGAAGAAAUGGAACAGGCUGUCGAGGAAUGUGAUCCUUACCGUGGCCUCUUGAAUGAUUCUGAGGAAGACAACUCUGACAACCACAGUAAUGAGGAUGAUGCAUUGGGGUUUCCAAGCAAUCAGGACUCAUAUUGGUCAGAGGAGGACCAAGAGCUCAUAGUGCCAUGCCUUGCACUGGUGAAAGCAUCCAAGGCCUGCCUGAAGAAAAUUCGGCUCUUAGUGGCAGAGAAUGGGAAGAAGGACCAGGUGGCCCAGCUAGAUGACAUUGUGGAUAUUUGUGAUGAGAUCAGCCCCAGUGUGGAUGAUUUGGCCCUGAGUAUAUAUCCACCUGUGUGCCAACUCACUGUGCGACUCAAUUCUGCAAAACUUGUAUCUGUUUUAAAGAAGGCACUUGAAAUUACAAAAGCAAGUCAUGUGACCUCUCAGCCAGAAGAUAGUUGGAUCCUUUUACUCAUUAAUGCCAUUGAUCACUGCAUGAAUAGAGUUAAGGAACUCACUCAGAGUGCAGCUGAAUUAUGAGUUUCAGGCUCGUUCUUACUCUUUUCUUUCUUUUACAUUCACACCCAGGUCCCAAUAUCUGCUUUUAAGUAGAGCUAGAAUAAUUGCUGGAUAGAAAGGGAGUUGCUGUCCAUUAUUUAAUAAAAAAACUAUUAUCAGAGAUUAUUGGCUAUCCAGAUUGGCAGUUAUUUAUAAGCCAUAUGAGUGUGACGUAUUUUUGUGCUAAAUACAAAAGGUAAUUGCAUAAGUUUGUUCCUGAAUUUGCUUUCAGAGAUUCCUAGGGAAGCUGCCUUAUUCCUAAUUUGCAGUAACAUGUAUUGUUUCACUGCUGAAGGUGUUGAUGUUAAAAUGCCAAAGAUGAGGCUCCUUUCAGGGUUUCUUUGAGAAAUGCAGUCUGUUGAAACCAGAACCUUUCUUCCUUUCUUUUGGUGUGGUACUAGGGUUUGAAUUUAGGGCCUUGCACAAAACCUACUUUCAGUACUUACAUGGUAUUCUUAGCCAUAGUCUUUCUGAUUAUUAGCCCACCUUAUUCCAUGCCUCUGAAAUAAAUUGGUAUUGUGCU